GCACCGCUUGCGUGCACACAGUCGGCGGCUGCGCGCGCAGCAGGCUCGGGGCGUGGAUGGCGGCUGUGGCGACUGGAAACGGGGCUUUCCAGGAGGAGGAGGGCACCGGUGGGGACGCAGGGGCUCCGCAGCCCCAUGCCCCGACGAGUGCGCCCGGGGCUCGUCUCUCGAGGCUGCCUCUGGCGCGAGUGAAGGCCUUGGUGAAGGCGGACCCCGACGUGACGCUCGCAGGACAGGAAGCCAUCUUCAUUCUGGCACGAGCCGCGGAACUGUUUGUGGAAACCAUUGCAAAAGAUGCCUACUGUUGUGCUCAACAGGGGAAGAGGAAAACCCUUCAGAGGAGAGAUUUGGAUAAUGCAAUAGAAGCUGUGGAUGAAUUUGCUUUCCUGGAAGGUACUUUGGAUUGAUUGCUGAGCCUGGGCAGUUUUGUGAGCCUGUACCUGCAUCCUUCAGCUAGGCCCUCUGCAGGUCUCAGCUUUGAAGAAGAGUCUUUGAAAUACUGGACUUACACACUUUUCCUGUUCUGCCUUCACCUAAGCCUGGAUAAGCAGAGAUCUCACCGGUUAGCUUUUCUUUAUAAGGUCUUCCACUACUUGUGUCUUCCAUUUCUGGCCUGGAUGCAGCUGCUGCUGCUUGUGGUAGAGAUAUCAAAAAUGAUUUUGUAGGUUGCUUAAUAAAUGAUAAGGACCAAAUAAAAGUUUCUGAUCAACCUCAACCUAGUGUGUUUUAUCAUCUUGCCUUUGUUCUUGCGUCAUGACUGGAGAGCCACCAUGCCUAGCCACAGAUUUUUCUGAUCUUCCCUGCUAGCCAUUGUAAACCCCAGUCUUUCAUUUAUUUGUUCAUUUUUUUAGCACAUCAGCAGAGUGUGGCUCCAGAAUUUAUAGGAUGUCACUUAAGGUCUUCAGAGGUCAAAUAAAUGUGAUCCUAGAUUUAAAACCAGUUAAAAUAUUUCAGUAGCUUUAUUGAGAUAUAAUUCACCUACCAUACAAUUUACCCAUUUAAAGUGUACAUUUCAGUAGUUUUUAAUAUAUUCACAGAUAUGUAAAACUGUUGCUAUAGUCAAUUUUGGAGCAUUGUUAAGGGAAUUACAUAAUAGAUGGUAUUUUGUGUCUGCCUUCUUUCACUUAAGGUAAUGUUUUGUAAGGUUUAUCCAUGUUAUAGCAUGUAUCAGUACCCAUUCCUUUAUUUUUAAAAUUGUAAAAUAUACAUAACAUAAAAUGUAUCAUUUUAACCACU